AACGUGAGGAGACUGAGAAACAAAUAAUCGUCCAGCGUAUAAAUCUGUGAAGCAGAUUGCGAAAAGAACGAUUAAUAAAGAAACGUAACUCUUUAUUUUCACUUCUGCGAGCGAGUUCCGCGAUGGAAAUUUUUAAAAUAUUUCUUUUCUUGCAGAAAAACGUGAAACGAUUCAAGGUGAUUUUACGAUUGUUUCUAGAAAGUGAUCAUUCACUUUUAUAUAUUAAAUAUAAAUGGUCACUCUAUCAUUUCAUUGGUGAAUAAAAAUUUCUGCGAUUCAUGCAUCGUAAAUACACGAGUUGUUUUAUAAGAGAGUUUGUCGUGUCUUUUUGGAAUAAAAAUUUUCAAUUUCGUUAAAGCGUUACUUUAUAAGCACAUAGGAAACAUACGUCAUAAGGGUGUGAAUAUGAAUUUGAGAAUAUUUAUAUCGAAUAUGCAAUUCACAUGCAAUGUAAUCUCUGAGAGUGAUUUCAAUUUCGAUUCAAACACGAGUUGCUCGAGAUUCGAGAAAAUUCCCUCUGUUCCAUCGUAAACAUUUCCGUGACAAUAAUCCCGGCAAAGGAAUUAUUCUGGAAAUUAUUUCUCUGGGAACAAAACAGUUUUACGAGUCGAAUAAUAAAUGCCCGUACGUUUCCGUGCUCUUGGACCCUGUCGAACUGAUUCUCAUGAAAAAUGGUUGUUUACACGGUGGAUAAUUAUUACAAGUUGGAAAUUGCAAGUCUAUAAAGAUCUAUCUGGUCGGACGGGCGAAAGUCAUCCACCGUGUAUAAAUAAUACUGGAACAGCAUCCGCUUGGAUUCAGUGCACUUUGAUCGCGGCUAGAAAAAUCAUGGGACGACUGAGGCAAAGUGUCAUCACGUUGUUGUGUCUCUCCAUGAUUUUGACGUGUACCGCGACUCGAAAAGAGGACCUCGAAAGGGCGGCGGAGCUGGCCGUGGAAAAAGCAGCGGAAAGGGCUGCGGAAAGAGCAGUGGAGAAAGCGUUGGAGAGCGGAAACACAACCACCGAGUCGAAGAUCGUUCGAGAAUCUUACUCCAAUGAGAGAAAAGUUGCUCAUCGUGAGCUCAAUUACGACAAUCGUUCCUCGUCGAUGGAAGAAGAACGAGAAAACGAUACCGACGAUUGGAUCAGAUAUUUCAGAAGAUUCGAAUCCAACUCUUUCAAAGAAUGGCCAAUUAGACGCGGAAACGAAGAUUGGAGAAGAUUUCCAAGGAGCGAUAUCUGGCAGGAACCAGUGUUAACUGUUAAGAAGAAGAUUCCGGUACCAGUGCCCGUAGAGAAAAAGAUACCUUAUAUCGUGUAUAAACAUGUACCGUACGAAGUCAAGGUACCGAUACCGCAACCGUACACGGUUGAGGAAAAAGUAGCGUAUCCGGUAAAAGUGUUCGUGAACGUACCCGUCGAGGUGCCAGAACCGUACACCGUGGAGAAGAAAGUACCCUACGAGGUGAAGGUGGAUCGGCCGGUACCGUACAAAGUGGAGAUUCCUGUCCCACAACCGUACACGGUUGAGAAAAAGAUACCGAUCGAGGUGAAAGUGCCGGUACCGCAGCCGUACACCGUCGAUAAAGCAGUGCCCUACGAGGUCAAAGUACCGGUUAAGGUACCGCAGCCCUACGAGGUGGAAAAAAAGGUGCCUGUACUGGUCAAGGUAGUCGUGAACCGACCUUAUCCAGUGCCAGUGCCUAAACCAUAUCCCGUCGAGGUCGCUAAACCGUAUCCAGUUCCCGUGGCUAAACCGUAUCCCGUUCAGGUUAAGGUGCCGGUCGAUAAGCCUUUCCCUGUACCGAUCGAGAGGCCGGUACCGGUGCCGGUGAAGGUGCCCGCACCGGAACCGUAUACGGUGGAGAAACCAAUCAAAGUGGAGGUAAAGAAACAUUAUCCCGUCCGGAUUGAAGUGCCCGUGGACAAACCGUACGAAGUGUACGUGCCGAAACCGGUACCCGUCUCGAUAGAGAAACCGUUCCCUUAUUGGGUUCAGGUGCCGGUACGAGUGAAUCUCGACUGGGAGGGAGUUGUUAAAUCUGAAAAAUGGAACGACAAGGAAGAUCUUAACACGAACGAUAAUGCUCACGAAGUUAACGACGAAAAUUCGGAUACAUCUCGAACAAAAUCGAAUUAGAAAUUAAACGAACUCACCAUUAUGAUCGUAUUAUAUUAUUAUUAUUAUUAUUAUUAUUAUUGCAUGGUAUUAUCGUGUCUUAUUUAUUUCGAUUAAUUUCUGACAUCUCGAUUCUCGAGAGAGGCAAGAUGAUUUCUAUCUUUAAAAACAUUCACAAUUUGCAAAAUUAGAAGUGUAGCAUGAUAAAAUGGUGAUAAUUUUUAUUUAAUGUAAAUAAAUGUAUUUCCACUGUUAUAUAAAUCGUGUUUCUCAUUUUUUUCUCCACAACGGUUUUUCCCUAUUCAAUAUAUAGCACGCGGAUAAUUAAUUAUCUAUAAAUAUAAAUAUGAUAUAAAUAUAUUCCAUGAGCGAUUGUACGAGUUUCCCACGGAAAACUCGUUGAUGCAUUAAUGUCGAUAUUGCGUAUUCGUCGACUAGUUUUUUUUUCUUUUUCUUUUUUUAGAACACACUCUUUCUUAGGAAGAGAUCGUGGCUCGUCCGAUCGCCUAUCUUAUUCGCAAAUUUCUUCAUUUUAUCGCAUACGAUGGAGUCACUGAUACACUUUUCUUUUCUUUUCUUUUUUUUUUCUUAAUCACGAACAAAACGAAUACCUCCAAGAAAUUAUCCAACGGUAAAAAAUUAUCUUCCGGUUGUAGAAAGUGAUUUGUACGUGUCAAUAUUGAUAUAUAAUCAAUUAAAAAAUCUUUCAAUUAUAAAUAAUAAUUUACAGAUUCGUCUCGGUACUUUCAUCAUUUAUUAAAAAUUAGCAAACGUUUCACUUAAUCUAUCAAUCAGUAUCACUACGUUCCUGCAAUUAUAUCUGCCCCGUGUUAUUUCGCUUUCAAGAUCGCGUAAUUACUAUCUAAACCCUCAAUUAAAAGCCAGUAGUACGCAUACAUUUACAUAUAGAUGCUACCUAUCGUAUCUGCUUUCCAGUUUUGGAAUUAUUAUCAGGUUGGUAUGUACAGUGGA